AAUUUAUGCCUUCAGUUACGCGUGGUCUUCGAAAGUGCGCGGACGUAGUGUUGUACAUUGGAAUUAAUAUGUAUAUUAUUUAAACGUAACCGUGUUAUUUAUUACGCUUUAAACGUUUUUAUAAUCAUUUUUAUUAACUUGCGAGUGUUUUUACGUUAAAUAACAAAUAUAUUAUUUAUUAUUUACCACAUGGUGACGCAAAUGAAGGAUUUUAACGUAUCAUCAGAAUCUAGCGGCAUGUUCACAUACGUUAGAAAUACCGGCACUCAUCUAUCAACGUUAACAAGAAUCUUGGGCGUGUGUACUGCAGUUGUUGUGUGCGGCGUCGGAGCGGAUGUGGCGUACCAUCAGCACGUCAUGGGGUUUUACGUUACAGCAGCAUCUGGUUUGAUAUUCUUUCUCGAGAUUACAUGGGCCAUCACCUUAUUCGUACAGAUCUGUGUCAGGAACGACGAGUCUCUUUGUUCAUGCUGCUGGUCGGCAGUGUUGGCGAUAACAAGGGGUUGGCGGAGAGCAUUGUUUUAUCUACCAUUAUCCUGUAUUUUGGCAUGGAAACCGUAUAGUCUAUGGUUGUCCUAUGUUGCGGCCGGACUUUUGGCAGUGCUAUCCUUGCUGCAUAUUACGUCCAGCGCUUUGGGCAUACGUGGUUCCUGCCAGAUGAGCAAUGCCACGGAUUCAGUUGGCGAGAGCCUUCUAAAUACUAGGCCUGAGAAUUACGAUCGUUUUGAAGAAGUUUUGAUCGAGUGCAUCGCACAAGGUGACGGAAGUACUGGACGACGGUGUGUCUGGACCAACAGGACGAGUGGGAGACAGCGAUGGGGAAAUAUGACACGAACGUCAGCCCUCAUGGGCAAGCGAAUCAGACGAGGAUAGUGAACCGGAACAAAGGACAUGUCAAAUAGCUACGCUAUCUUAGUCGUUGAUAGCGGAUAGAAGAAACGCCGAUCUCGACAUUUUGCAAACGAUGUCAAAAUUCAAGCUUCUUUCGCGUUAUGCAGAAGUCAAUGGCAUCUUUGCGAGGAUGUAAUAUA